AUGCCUAAGUAUAAGCCAGUUGUUCUUGGCUUAGGAGGCAUUAGAAAGCCUGCUCCGCCUGUACAGUUUGUUCAAAGAAUUUUUGUUGAAAAAUAUGAACCCAAGAGAGAAGAUUCUUAUAGAAAAAUGGAACAAUUUAUAGCAAUGAGAGAUUUGUACAUGAAAAAUGGAGAAGGCUUUGCUUUAGUUUAUUCCAUCAUAGCAGAGUCCACAUUUGAUGAUCUACAAGAUCUGAGAGAACAGUUUCUUCAGGUUAAAGACACUGAGGAUGUUCCAAUGAUUCUGGUUGGUAAUAAAUGUGGCUUGGGAGAUGAAAAAGUUGUAGGAAAGGAACAAGGUCAAAAUCUAGCAAGACAGUGGAACAACUGUGCAUUCUUAGAAUCUGCAAAACAAAAAAUAUAUGUUAAUGAGAUCUUUUGUGAUCUAGUGCAGCAAAUUAAAGGAAAAACUUCAGUGCCUGGGAAGACCUGCAAUAAGUCGUCAUAUCAACUGCUUUAA